AUGAUCUUUCGCUCAGUGUUACCUCUGCUGUAUUCCGCCUACGCGGCGGCGGCAUUAGCCCUCCAACCACACUCCUCAAACUCAGUCCUACUUCGCGAUGCUGAGGCUUCUGUGAACAGCUCGAAAUGUCGGUGCUUCCCAGGCGACGCUUGCUGGCCAUCCAGGUCAGAAUGGAGCCAAUUCAACAAGACGAUCAAUGGCAAACUAGUUACGACAAUUCCUCUGGCUAGCGUUUGCCAUAAUAGCGGGUUUGGACGAUACGAUGCUGACGCGUGCGCAAAGCUCAUAUCGGUAUGGGACUACCCUGUUACUCACUAUGAGAGCUCAUCAUCCCCUAUGGCGCCCUUUUUCGCCAAUAUGAGCUGCGACCCCUUUACACCACCUGACGCCCAAUGUGUAGUUGGCUCCUUAAUCCAGUAUGCUGUAAACGCCUCUUCGGCUCAAGACUAUCAAUCGACAAUUGCUUUUGCGCAGCAGCACAAUAUCCGUUUCGUCAUCCGUAAUACCGGUCAUGAUUACUUCGGCAAGUCGACCGGUGCCGGUGGUUUAGCUAUCUGGACACACCACUUAAAGGAUAUCACAGUUAGCGACUACUCCUCUCAGCAUUACACUGGCAAGGCAAUCAAGGUUGGUGCCGGAGUGCAGAACGGCGAGGCUCAGCGUGUAGCACAUGCGAACGGCCUCGUAGUUGUGGGCGGUGACUCCUCAACUGUCGGGUUAGCUGGCGGAUAUUCACAGGGUGGUGGCCAUGGGCCCCUCGUAUCUACAUUGGGACUUGCCGCUGACCAGACGCUUGAGUGGGAGGUUGUAACCUCUACCGGGAAACACUUGAUCGCUACCCCUUAUGAAAACUCGGAUUUAUAUUGGGCUCUUUCAGGAGGUGGGGGUGGCACAUACGCAGCUGUGUUGUCCUUAACUAUUAAAGCUCAUCCAGAUUUUGAUAUUGUUUCUGUCGGCAACCUUACAUUCAAUCUCGAAACUACAUCAGAAGCAUUCUGGGAUAGCUUUACAGUCUUCCUCGGAAGCUUAACUAAGAUCACCGAUGCUGGUGCCGUGUGUAUCUGGAUGCUCUCGAACGCGAGCUUCACAAUCCAGUCUGUAACGGCCCCGAACUUAGAUUCUAAGCAAUUGACAGCCUUGCUGCAACCUACUAUCGACCAGCUAGAGAGAGUGAAAUUACCUUAUCAGUAUGCUGUUAAGGACUUCCCCAACUUCCUUGAUAGCUUCCAUUCUAUGAGUGCGGAGCCAAAUGUGACUCAGGCUAAUAUUGGUGGUCGUCUGAUCCCACGCUCGCUAUUAUCGAAUGACUCUGUAGCGACGCUCAUCGACGCGUUGAAGUUCGUUGUUGAUGAAGGCGCAAUCCUGUCAGGACUUUCAGUCAAUGUCAACCGCACGCCGAGUUCUCCGAACUCCGUAAAUCCUGUCUGGCGUUCUGCGGCUUUUAGUUCUGUCUUCGGCACCUAUUACAAUCAUCUGGAUAAUAGCGCCAACAUGGCAGAUCAGGAACUUAUCAGGAACUCGAUGGUCCCGAGGCUCUCUGCCAUAACCCCCAACGGCGCUGCGUACCUGAAUGAGGCUGACUUUGGUCAGUCUAACUUCCAGCAGGUGUUCUACGGUAGCAAUUAUGAUAAGCUCUUAUCUAUCAAGAGGAAGUAUGAUCCGAAUGACACGUUCUACGGUCAAACAGCCGUAGGAAGUGAGUAUUGGGAGAUACGACAGGAUGGCCGGCUAUGCAAGGUUAGUGAUACCACCCGAGCCGCUCUAAUCGCUUCAUGUUGGUUCCUUGCGCGGUAUCCCGAGCACGCCAAGAAAAUAUACGAAGAGACUCAAGGUGUAGACACGAGGGACCCUAAUGCUCUUGCCUCCCUGCCUCACCUCGAGGGCUUCAUCCAAGAGACAUUGCGGCUCGUACCACCCGCUAUGACCGGUGCCGCAAGAAUAACCGGACCAGAUGGGUUGAUGGUCGACGACGUCCUAAUCCCCCCUUACACCAAAGUCACGGCGCCCAAAUAUGUCAUCAUGCGAAUGGAAUCCGCCUUCGCCCACCCCAACGACUUCAUCCCGGAGCGGUGGUACUCGCGCCCCGAGCUGAUCCUCGACAAGCGCGCCUUCGGGCCCUUCUCGACCGGCGGUCGGCAAUGCGUCGGCAAGCCCAUCGCCUACGCGGAGCUCCGGCUCUUCGCCGCGGGCCUAGUCCGGGAUUUUCAUCUUAAAUUUGCACCGGGCUACGACCCGAUGACCAUGUGGCGCGAGAUGAAAGACCAGAUCACGGCACAGCCAGGGCCGGUGGAGAUUAUCUUCGAGCCGAGGGAGAAGGCGACCUGA